AUGUCAAAAAUCGUACUCAUUCUUGGAGCUGGAUCUAAUAUCGGACUCAACGUAGCCCGCGUUUUCUCAUCGAAAGGGUCAUACAAGACUGUUAUUGUAUCGCGAAAUCCUAAAGAAGAGCUCAUUAAGGCCAAUGAUGACACACUGACGAAUGCAAUAGCUGCUGCAUUCACUGUGACUCCCGAUCUUCUCUAUGUUCCCCUCGACAAGUUCAACGAAGAUCUCAAUGUAAAUGUUACUUCAGCAUAUGCCGCUGCUCAUGAGGCUGUAGAAGGAUUCAAAACUCUUCCCGAGGACGUCAUAAGGACAUUCAUCUAUACCGGCAACGUACUUAAUCGUCAAAUCAUCCCAUCAUUGCUUGCACCUGGUAUCGGAAAAGCAGGUGCAGCUCACCUUAUUCAAAGUGCCUCGGAAGUGUAUAAGAAGGAUGAGUACAGAUUCCAUUGGGCAGACGAAAGAACGGUAGAGGGAGGACCAAGGGGAGGCACAAUCGAUGGUGAAUCCCAUGGCGAAUUCUACUAUGAAUUGGCAACGAGUGUGAAGCCUUUGACUUGGGAUGCCACUUUUGUGGCUGGAAAGGGUUAUGUUGACUUCAACGGCAAAUGA